AUGUGGUCGGAAGACAAUUAUGCAAGAAAUCUGGAAAAACUUGCCGCUAUGGUUAAUAAGUUCUUGAAGGGGCUUGCAGAUGCGACAGGCUUCUCAUUCUCCCUCCUGGCAGGUGGCCCUUCUCCAGAGCUCAGUGGAUUGAUUGAUGUCUACAGACAAGUCAACCAUGCUGAUCUGUGGAAUCCAGCACUCACCUUUGGGUCAAAGUUUUCAUAUUACCUGUACUGUGUUUAUCAUGCUGCAGUGGUUUUAAAAAGAAGGAUAGGGGAUGUAGAAGGUCUGAAUGAUGAUGACGACAAUGGCAGCAAUUCUUCAUCAAGUGGCGUCGAGUUGGGAAAUCGAAACGAUGACACAUUUGGUCAUGUGACUUCGAGUCCGAUUACUACCAGUGUGACACCACCUGACGGUGACAGUGUUAACAUUGAAGCUGUGUCUAAUGUUAACCUUUCUGAAAACUCCACCGACAUUAAUAAUUUGUCAAACCUAGAUGACUCUUUCUGGGAGGAUCUCACUGCUCAACUAUAUACUUUUGAAGUGUCAGGCGGGAAUCCAAACUUGCCACCCUUACCUCCAUACCCCUACAGCAACACUGCAGCUAUUCUCAAUUCACUUACCACAGAGCUUGCCCACAUCUCUCUCAACCACUCUGUCUCCUGUGCCACAUUUGAACAAUACUCAGUCCUCACCAACCUUGGCAUCACAGAGCUCGCCCACAUCUCCUUCAACUGCUCUGUCUCUUAUGUCAACUCCAUCUCUGCCUCAUGGUUAUUGGUAAGAAUCUUCCCACAAAUACUGGCAAGCGUCAUGGAGUAG